AUGGAUACUAGGGUUAAUUAAUUUAUCUGCUGUUGUUUUAUUUUGGGUUUCUUCAAGUUUUUUAGUAAAUGCUAUAGUUGAGAAUGAUUUAUAUAGAAAACCAUUUUUGAUAACUUAUAUAAAUACAUCCUGUUUUUGCUUUUAUUUAAUACCAUAUUUAAAAAUUGAAAAACUACUGUUAAAAGAAUUUAUUAUUAGAUUUAGAGAGGAGACAAAGAUUAUACCAAAAGAUGAAGAAAAUGGUUUAAUGAGAGAUUAUGGUUCAAAUGAAGAUUUAUCAGUUGAAGAAGAAUUAGAUAUAAAUAUAAACAUAUAUGAUACUUUUAGAUUAUCAUUACAAUUUAUAAUAUUAUGGUUUCUUGCUAAUUUAGUAACUAAUGCAUCAUUAUCAUAUACUUCAGUUGCUUCACAAACUAUACUCUCUUCAACAUCAUCAUUUUUCACAUUAAUUAUUGGUUAUUUAGUGCUGGUGGAAAGAAUAAAUCAAAAUAAAAUAGUGGGGAUAUUAUUAAGUUUCUGUGGUGUUUUAAUUGUAACUAAAGCAGAUACUUCAGAUGAUAAUCCAAAUAAGAAUAAUUCAACAAUAAUUAUAUUAUUAGGUAAUUUAUUAGCAUUAUUAGGUGCUUUAAUUUAUGGAAUUUAUACAAUAUUACUUAAAUUCAAAAUAUCAAUAAAGAAUUCAAAUGUUGAAAGAAAUUUAAAUACUCAUUUAUUCUUUGGAUUUGUGGGUUUAAUUUGUUUAAUAUUAUUUUGGCCAGUAUUAAUAUUCCUUCAUUAUUUAGAUAUAGAAAAAUUUGAAUUACCACCAUUUAAAUCAACUAUAACAUUAAUAUUAUUAAUAAAUGCUGCUAUUACAUUUAUAAGUGAUUUUUGUUGGUGUAAUGCAGUAUUAUUAACUAGUCCGUUAACAGUUACUGUUGGAUUAUCAAUGACUAUACCAUUAGCAAUGAUUGGAGAUUGGUUUAUAAAAGGAUUUGAUAUUAAUUUGUUUUAUAUAUUUGGAGCAAUAAUAGUGACUACUGGGUUUUUGAUAAUAAAUAAAGAUGAAGAAGAAGAUUUCGUUGAAGAUUGA